GGCCAGGUCCUGCGGGCAUGGGGUCAGCCGUCCACCGGCCGCUAUGUGUCAGGGAAGGGGACGGGAGAGGCAGGCCAGGGACAUCCCCAGAAUCCUUGGCAAGAGGACAUUUGGGUCCUACCUCAUCUCAGCACCAGGUCUCUCAAGGUCCCACCCCUGUCCAGGGACAGUCUCUCCACAGGCCCUGCUCCUCACCCAGGUCCCACCUUUCCAAUGCCCCACCCACCUAUGCACAGGCCACACCCCUAUCCUGAGACUACCUCUGCAAGGCUCCAUCCCUUACCCAGGUCCCACCUCUCCAAGGUUCCACCCCUCACCCAGGUCCCACCUCUCCAAGGUUCCACCCCUCAUCCAGGUCCCACCUCUCCAAGGUUCCACCCCUCAUCCAGGUCCCACCUCUCCAAGGUUCCACCCCUCACCCAGGUCCCACCUCUCCAAGGCUCCACCCCUCACCCAGGUCCCACCUCUCCAAGGUUCCACCCCUCACCCAGGUCCCACCUCUCCAAGGUUCCACCCCUCAUCCAGGUCCCACCUCUCCAAGGUUCCACCCCUCAUCCAGGUCCCACCUCUCCAAGGUUCCACCCCUCAUCCAGGUCCCACCUCUCCAAGGUUCCACCCCUCAUCCAGGUCCCACCUCUCCAAGGUUCCACCCCUCACCCAGGUCCCACCUCUCCCCCAGGUCCCACCUCUCCAAGGCCCGGUGCCUCACCCGGGUCCCACCUCUCCACAGCUCUACCCUCUCCCAGGUUCUACUUCUCCAAGGCCCCACCCCUCACUCAGGUCCCCCCUCUCCAAGGCUCCACCCCUCACCCAAGGCCCCAUCCACCUAUGCCCUCAUCCUAGGCAUAGGCCCUCAUCCUAGGACCGUUUCUCCACAAGACCCACUCCUUCCCCACCAGGCCCCACCUCUCUCCAAGGCCCCUCCACCUCUCCACUAGCCCUGCC